CUAAAGGCCCGUGCCGAGCAUAUCCUCAAAACUCCGGUUAAUAAAGCAGUCAUAACAGUUCCGGCGUAUUUCAACGACACACAAAGACAAGCUACCCGUGAUGCUGGAAAAUUAGCAGGAUUAGACGUAUUGCGAAUCGUCAACGAACCUACUGCGGCUAGCCUAGCCUAUGGUAUGGGACUUAGUGCCGACGAAGAAAAAACCAUCGCCGUGUAUGACCUUGGUGGAGGUACUUUUGAUAUGUCUAUUUUGCAUAUCCACAAUGGCAUUUGCGAGGUUUUGGCAACCAACGGCGAUACUUAUCUUGGAGGUGAUGAUGUUGACCAAGCCAUUGCCGACUAUUGGAUGGGUGAUUUAAAAUUAGAGAAGUCGCAUCAUCUCAAACAAAAUGUCAGACUUGCUGCCGAAGAAGCCAAAAAGAAGCUUUCGGAACAAGAAAUUUAUAGCUGUACCAUUGAAGAUUACAACUUGUCGCUGAGUAAAAGUCAAUUUGAAAGCAUUGCCAUGCCGCUGAUACAACGCAGCUUGGAUUGUUGUGCGCAAGCUUUGAAAGAUGCCCAAAUUGGUAUUGACAAGAUAGACGAGGUAGUG